AUGACGCACGCGACAUGGAAUAAAGUUGCCCCCGUUGCGGCAAGCGAGGAUUAUUACAACCUUGGUGACUUUGGACGCCCGAUCACCACCAUCUGCGAAGACACUCUCACCUGGUUCAACCGCGGCUUGACCUGGGCGUACUCCUUCAACCAUGCAGAAGCUGCAUAUUGCUUUGAACAAGCUAUCGCCCAUGACCCAUGUUGCGCGAUCGCCUACUGGGGACUAGCCUUUUCCCUGGGCCCCAACUACAACAAGCCGUGGGAACGGUUUGACACGCACGACCUCAAGAUCUCCGUGGAUCGCGCUUAUCAUGCUUCACGGAAGGCAAAAGAGGUUGCCAUCGCCGAGAACGCUUCUCCCGUGGAACAGGCGCUCAUUGAUGCUAUUCAGUUUCGCUACCAGAGUGACCAUGUUACGCCCGAUUUGGCCGCACAAAACGUGGCCUAUGCUGCGGCCAUGAAAUCUGUCUACGAAGUAUUCAAAACCGACCUUGAUAUUGCGGCACUGUAUGCCGAUUCCAUGAUGAAUUUGAAUCCAUGGAGCCUCUGGGAUCUAUUCACCGGAAAGCCUACGGUUGGGGCUCGAACCACAGAGAUUCAAUCGGUCCUUGAAACGGCCUUGGAACAGGACGGGGCCUCUGGGCACCCAGGGCUCCUCCACUUCUAUAUCCACUACAUCGAGAUGUCGCCGUACCCCGAGCGAGGUCUAGCCAUCGCGAAUCACCUCCGCCACUUGGUUCCAGAUGCGGGACAUAUGCAUCACAUGCCCACUCAUCUCGAUAUACUGGUCGGCGACUGGAAGCGAUCGGUCACAUCGAACCAUGCAUCGACCCUUGCCGAUGAGAAGUACUAUCACCGCGCCGGUGCCUUUAAUUUCUACACAUUCUAUCGUCUGCACGACUACCAUUCGUUGAUCUAUGCCGCGAUGUUUUCGGGCCAAUCAAAGGUGGCAAUGGAUGCAGUGAACCGUAUGGAGGCGACUCUUCCAGAGAAGGUGCUCCGAGUUACUUCACCUCCCAUGGCGGACUGGCUUGAAUACUUUCUUACGUCUCGCGCGCAUGUCAUGGUGCGCUUUGGCAUGUGGCAAGAGCUCAUCGAUCUGGAGCUCCCGAAGGAUCCAGAGCUAUUCUGCGUGGUGACCGCGACUGUCCAUUACGGCAGGAGCCUCGCAUACGCAGCCACAGGACAGCUCGAAGCUGCAGAGAAGGAACGUGGUCUCUUCCGGGAAGCUGUCACGGCCGUCCCAGAAUCCCGUCUUGCCUACAAUGGGACCUGUCUCCAAGUACUGGCUGUUGCCAGCAAGAUGCUGGAUGGCGAGAUUGCAUAUCGACAUGAAGAGUACAGCGAGGCCUUUGCCAGUCUUCGGGCCGCCAUCGUGCUAGAUGACAACCUGUCGUAUAGCGAGCCUUGGCCCUGGAUGCAACCCACGAGACAUGCCUAUGCCGCUCUGAGUCUUGAGCAAGGCCAUCUCGAGGAAGCUGCGGCGGUAUAUAGAGCUGAUUUGGGGAUUGAUGAUACUUUGAUCCGAGCCGCCCGUCAUCCAAACAAUGUCUGGGCACUGCAAGGGUAUUAUGAGUGCUUGGUGCGACUGGGAAAGACUGAAGAAGCUUCUGCGAUGGAACCUGCCACCUGCCAAGCAUUGGCAGUGGCCGACGUACCUAUUCAGUCUUCCUGCUUUUGUAGACUGGACACCUCGCAAGCCCCAAAGGUCACUACUACUUGUGGUGUUGGUGGUACUCAUCACUAG